CAUUCUAUAUCUUGGCUUGUAUAUCCUUGUAUCGAUUAAUAAAAUUCCUCUAAUAUCGCUUGCCCAUACUUCCGGUAUGAAGUAAAAAUAUUUAAUAUUUCUAGAUUACUCUUUUUAUGGGAAUUUUCUUAUCAAUUUUUCCCCUUAGAUAAUAGACUUCUUCAACGACCAAUAUGAUUUCAUCGAAAAAACGUGUUGGCGUUAGCGGAGUUCAGGGAAAAAGUAGACUAAAGUGCUACCCCGCAAUAAAUCCGGCCUAUUUAGCUGAGGACUUUACGAAAGAAUUCUCUGAUAUUUAUUCUAAGAAACUUGAUUACGAAAAUGAAAGUACAGAAGCGAAAAUUGUUAGUAAGCCAUUUCAAACUUGCUGCCUCCCAAACUUUUUGGAUAAUCAACAAUUUGUGAAAGAACUUAAGAAAGAACUUGAGGAACAAAUAUUUUAUGAAAAGAAUAAUGAUUUAUAUAAAUUUCAACAGACUUCUGAUUUCAAAAAACUGUCCACAGGUUAUGGUAAAGUUUUGAGAAAACUAUUCAAGCUCGAAGUAAGAAACUGGAUCUCAAAUUUAACUGGUAUACAGCUGUUGGACAAAGUUGAUAUGACUGGGUCUAAAUAUGAAUAUACAGAUUCCUUACUCUGUCAUGAUGAUGAAUUAGAAGGCCGAAGAAUCGCAUUUAUUUUAUACUUAGUUCCUCAUUGGAGAAAAGAGGAUGGUGGAGCAUUAGACUUAUUUGACACCGAUGAUAAUAACCAACCUAAAGAUGUCAUUGAAUCAUUAUUACCUUCUGAAAAUCAGUUAUCUUUCUUUGAAGUCUCUCCUAUAUCUUUUCAUCAGGUUGCCGAAGUUUUGUCCAAGGAUAAGACAAGACUAUCUAUCAAUGGUUGGUUUUAUGGAGCACCCUUUCCACGGCCAACCCCCUAUUUAGAACCUACAUUAACCAGACUAUCUCAAGCUCAGAUUUCGGAGGAUGUCUUCAGGAGUUGGAUUAAUCCUAUCUAUCUGCAAAGUAAAGUACAAAUAGAAAUAAAAGGAAAAUUCGAAGUAGAUUCGGAAAUUGAAUUAAAAGAUUUUCUGCAGGAUGAAAAAUAUAGCGCACUUGAAGAAGCUCUCAAAUCUGAGCAGAUGAAAUGGGUUAAGAGAGGACCAGCUAAUAAAAGAAACUAUUACUCAGGAGAUCCUAAAGAAUCGCCAGAAAUAAUACAAGAAUUUAUCAAUAUUCUUAAAUCAGAGGCGUUCUUUUUGACUGUGUCAAAUUUUACGGGUUUAAAAUAUCAUCAUUUGGCUGAGUUUGACGAUUCUAGUGAUGAAGACAUGGAGGACGACGAAGACGAUGAUGAUGAAUUUGAUGAAGCUGUUCCAGAUUUAGGAAUGGAUGACAAAGAAGAGGCAGUUGAAUUUGCCUCUCAUUUGCCACCAAUAAAGUCAAAUGAAUCAAAGAGACCAAGAAAUACUAGUGGCUCCCUGCAGCCGAAGAAGAUUCAACGAACUGAUGGUCAAGAAGAGGAAUCUGAAAGCGAAGCAACGUGUUCUGUUGAAGUAAGAAAAUGGGAGCAUGGAAGUUAUACUUUAGUUCAUGACAAUGACACAGAGCAAUCGUAUUAUGCUCUUGAUGCUAUUUUUUAUAGUUCUUGCCGCGAUUGGGAUAGCGAAUGUGGAGGUUACACAAGCUACAUCGCUAAGGAUGAAAAUGAAGAGCUAUUAAUGGUAAAUCCUGUUAAUAACUCGCUCGCUCUAGUCUACAGAGAUAAAGAUACUCUGAAAUUCGUCAAACAUCUUAACAAAAAGAUUAAAGACAGAUCGGACCCUAGAUUUUUCGACUUCAAUGUUGUAUUUUAUGAAUAA